UAUUUUACGGCCGAAUUCGGAAUUACUAAGGCCCUUCAUGUAAAAAUCGGAUGGGUAAAAAAAUAAAAAUAAAUAAGCUGUGCAAAUUUGAUACUCACCAGCACCUUUUGGUUUAUACAUAGACAGAGAGAACAGAGCAGUUCAAGUUAGUACUAUCAAUGGCUACUAAAGUUUACAUUGUUUACUAUUCUAUGUAUGGACAUGUUGAGAAGCUAGCUCAAGAGAUUAAAAAAGGGGCUGAAUCCAUUGAAGGUGUAGAAGCAAAACUCUGGCAGGUACCUGAAAUAUUGUCGGAAGAGGUCCUUGGAAAGAUGAAAGCACCUCCAAAGAGUGAUGUUCCAAUUAUUACACCAAAUGAACUUACUGAGGCUGAUGGUUUUUUGUUUGGUUUUCCAACAAGAUUUGGAAUGAUGGCUGGUCAAUUCAAAGUAUUUAUGGAUGCAACUGGAGACCUAUGGUGCACACAGAAACUUGCUGGUAAACCUGCAGGAAUCUUUUACAGCACUGCUUGUCAAGGAGGUGGCCAAGAGACUACGGCGUUGACAUCUAUAACACAACUUGCACACCAUGGAAUGAUUUAUGUGCCAGUUGGGUACACAUUUGGGCUUGGGAUGCUUGAGAUGGAAAAGGUUAAAGGUGGGUCACCAUAUGGUUCAGGAACUUUGGCAGGGGAUGGGUCAAGACAGCCAAGUGAGUUAGAAUUGGCUCAAGCUUUCCAUCAGGGGAAAUACUUUGCUGGUAUUGCAAAGAAACUCAAAGGGUCACACUGAAUUUUAUCUUAACAUAUUUUCACUUGUCAUGUAUCCUUUCAUAUGUUAAACAAAGAAAAAUUACAUAUUGCAUAUGUUAAACACAAUUAUUGUCACUUGUUAUAAUUAAUGUAUCCAGCAUCCUCCAAUAAUUCUAUUAGAUAGGAAUUUUUUAGUUGAAGCAAAGGGAUAUUUCUAA